AUGGAGAUUGUAGACAACGACGAUGUGACUAGUUGGGUAUGUGAAAGUCUUUCUGCAAAACCGAACAAGAUUCCGUUAUAUGUUACAACAUCUCUAAAUGAACCUGAAGAUGAACACCCAAUUGCAUGCAGUUCCCCAUCACCAACAAUGGGAAUUCAAGAGAAUGAUGACAUUUUGGGUGAUGAACAACCAAGUCAAGUUCUUCAAGACAAUGCCCAGAUUAGUGAGGCUUCAAUAGAUGUGAGUUUUGAGUUUACUGAUGACUAUCAUGACAGUACCCAUUUCGAUAAUGUGCAGUCGAAUGAUGUCAAUUUCAAUCUAUCGUCGUCUCGUCGUAACAAGCGUAAGAACAUACAAGACUAUGAUAAUAUUGUAGAUUUGAAUAUAGAUGGAGAUAUUAUGGUCGGACAAUUGUACUCGAGUAAGAAAGAGUUGCAAAAACAAUUAGCUAUGAUUGCAAUGAGGAAGAAUUAUGAAUUUAAAGCGGAAAGAUCAACUAAGGAUCGUUUGGAAAUUAGAUGUGUGGAUCAUAAUUGCAAGUGGCGACUUCAUGCAACCAAGUUACAAGUGUCAGAAUUUUUUGAAGUAAGAAAAUUUGAAACUAAUCAUUCUUGUUCAUUAGAUGUUGUUCAGCGUGAUCAUCGGCAAGCAAGUAGUUCUGUUGUUCGCCAAUUUAUAAAGUCAAAGUAUGAGGGGGCAUCACGUGUAUAUAGACCUAAAGACAUCAUUGAGGAUAUGCGAGUACAAGUUGGGGUUAAUAUGAGCUACGAGAAAGCUUGGAGAGCAAGAGAGCACGCAUUUGACAUGAUCCGAGGGUCGCCAGAGGAAUCUUUUGCCUCACUUCCUGCCUAUUGUGCCAUGUUAGAAAGUAAAAACCCUGGGACAAUAACACAUAUAGAAACAGAUGACAAUAAUCACUUUUUAUACUUUUUCAUGGCAAUGAGAGCCUCUAUAAGGGGAUUUCGUGGUUCUAUGAGGCCUGUGGUAGCAGUUGAUGGGACUUUUCUAAAGGGUAAAUAUCUUGGCACCUUAUUUGUUGCUGUAUGCCAUGAUGGACAAAAUCAAAUAUAUCCUUUAGCAUUUGGUGUGGGUGACUCAGAAAAUGACGCUUCAUGGACAUGGUCUCUUACAAAAUUGAGAAGUGUCAUUGGAGAGGUAACAGACUUGGUGUUUGUAUCUGAUCGACAUGGAAGUAUUGGUAAAGCUGUACAAACUGUGUUUCCAGAGGUAUAUCAUGGAGCUUAUAUGUAUCAUGUAGCUGGCAACAUGAGGAAUAAAUUUGGUGAUGAUGAAACGAUGUUUAACUUAUAUUACACUGCGGCAAACAUACCUUGUGUCAGAGUUUAA